AUGUCGUUGCUGAAGGAGAUUCAAGCCAACGCGGCGGUGGCUUGGAGUCCCAUAAAGCGGCGUGCAGAGCUCUUGGCACUCGGUUCCAAGGGCGACGGUGGCGUCGGCUUUGAGAAUAAUGGCGGUGAGUUUAAGCUCGUGUCCAUGGAUCUCAGUAAUCCUAGUAGAGACAUGAUCACACUGGGCUCCAUUAAGACACCAUCACGUUUUACAUCGUUAGCCUGGCGCGAUGUGCCACGUCACCACGACACGUGUCCGUAUGGCAUCAUUGCUGGCGGCAUGGCCGACGGUUCUGUGUCGCUAUGGAACCCUGCGAUCUUAUUGGACCGAGAGCCGGGCACGGACACCCCUGCGACUUGUGAGAUUGGUCGUAUCACACGCCACAAAGGUGCUGUAAACGCGCUGCAGUUCAAUCCACACGAGGAUAGCGCACAUUUGUUGGUCUCAGGUGGCAGUGACGGUGAAGUGUACAUUAUGUCGCUGGAAAAGCUGUCCAGCCCAGGUGUCUUUACGCCUGGAGGUCCCACGACACCACAGUCACAAACAAACGAGAUCACCAGUGUAGCGUGGAACACUCAAGUGAAUUACAUUUUGGCCACAGGCUCACAGAACGGCACUGUCGUGGUUUGGGAUCUUAAGCAGAAGAAACCGUGGUGUGAACUGCGUGACCCCACUCGUGGAGCUACAACAGCUCUUGUCUGGAAUCCGAACGAGGGUCUGCAAAUUGUGACUGCGUCAGGCGAUGACCAACAACCUGUGGUGAAGCUUUGGGAUCUGCGUAACUCGACCAGUACACCACUGGCUGAGUUUCAUGAUCACACUGCCGGUGUGUUAUCCAUGUCAUGGUGUCCCAACGACCCUGGUCUCUUGUUGUCGUGCGGUAAGGACAAUAAGACGCUGCUUUGGGAUCUUUUUUCGCGCAAGACGGUUGUAGAACUUCCUUCUGAUGCUCCGAACGCUCCAGCAAUGGGAUCAGAUCAGUAUUUUGGUGGUGGCCUCGUUGGCCAGCGUCGUUGGAACGUUCAGUGGUCACCCCAGAUCCCCGCAGUUGCUUCAACGUGCUCACUUGACGGUAAGAUACAGGUUUGGGGCCUAUCAGGUGGAGGAAAUCCGAACUGUCGUCCACCGAAAUGGAUGAGUCGACCAGUUGGUGCGUCUUUUGGAUUUGGAGGAAAGUUGGUGACGAUUGCCAACCCGCAAGUACCUGCAGGCUCCAACGUUGACCACCGUCGCCUUAUUCACAUGCAACGUGUUAUUAGUGACACGGGGCUAGUGGCUGAGGCUGAGGCUUUGGACCGGUCAUUGGAAACGAAGGAUUUUAAAAGUUAUUGCGAGCAGAAGAUUGCAGCUGCCAUAACUGCCGAAGAACGCAGUGUGUGGUGUUUUAUGAAGAUUCUGUUUGAAAAAGAUGCCCGGCAGCACUUGUUACUUCACCUUGGUUUGAACGCUGAAGAGAUUAACAAAUUGAACGCCAAGUUCAACCCGGAAGCUGCUGCAGCGCAGACUGCUGUAACCGGUGUCGAUACGAUGACCCACGCUUCUGGCACGCAACUUGAUCCAGUUACUGGAGUAUUGCUGAAUGAUCGGAUUGAUUCUUCAGGAUUGGGAGCUGAAGAUGUAUUUUCAUCCGGCUUCUACCCUAAGGGAGGCGACGAUGGUACGCCGGCAUCUCCAUUGUCGAAUGUUUCUGCUCUGGCUGCUUCGAUGCCCUCUGCUUUGGAUGAGGACAAGAGUAAGCGUGUGGAUGCAGCUCCUGCUCCAGUAUACACUGAAGAAUCCGAGAGCACGCUGAUGCAGGCACUGCUGGUGGGAAACUUUGAAGUAGCCGUCAACUGUUGCUUGGCAUACAAUCAGCUUGCGGACGCGCUGCUGCUAGCUUCCUGCGUGGUGGCGGCUAUCAUUAAGAACGAACUGAGCGAACUCGUGGACAUAUCAGACCUUGCUGAGUGGCGCGAGACUUUAGCUAUAUUGAGCACUUAUGCCAAGAGUGAGGAGUUUCCGUUACUUUGCGACAAGCUGGCCACAGGACUGGAGGCAGCUGGUGAUUUGCACUUUGCAACUCUGUGUUUUAUGUGCGCUGUGAACGUCGAAAAGACCGUUAAUGCUUGGUGUAAAGAAAGCGAAGUUGAGGCUCGUACACACGGACACACUUUCGCACUACACCGCCUUGUUGAGAAGGUGUCUGUAUUUGCCAUGGCUGUUGACCAACCCGACCAAUCUAUGGGCCCCGAAGUGGCGCAGCGUUUCGCUGAUUAUGCUUCUUUGAUAGCAGCGGAGGGCCGACUCGAUAUCGCCGCAAAAUACGCACGCUUCCCGGAUCUCAGUUGCGCGGUCUUGAAGGACCGCAUUUUUAACGCCUACCCGAUUCAGGGCUACCAGCCUCCUCCGUUCCCGUUCGACGUGGUUCAGAUUCAGUCGCAGGCUCAAAUUCAACAGCAGCAACAACAGCAGCAACAACAGCAGCAACAGCGCCAAAUCUCUGCCCAGCAACAAGUGAGAGGUUACGGCAACACGCCGGCAUACGGGGCAGGAAGAAAUCAAUUUGGUGCUUCUGCUGCGGUGACGCCCACUCCGACUCCGGUGCCUACACCAGGCACUUUCGGUGGCGCACAAGGUACGGGCUACUCGGCUCAGCAACAUGCGCCGGGUCAAACGCCAGCUUUCCUUGCCCGUUCUGGUGGUUAUCUGCAGGCACCUCAACAACCACCCCAACAGCCACAGUAUUCUGGUGCCCCUGUGUUGCCUCCGCAGCCACAGUAUUCUGGAACUCCUGUGAUACCUCCACAGCCUCAGUAUUCUGGUACUUCUGGGAUACUUCCGCAGCCGCAGCGGUCCGGAGGAUAUUUGAGCCAGCAGCAACCUGCCUACCCAGGCCAGUCUGCACUACCUCUAGAGAGUUCAAGCUUGACGCCAACGCCGUUCCCGGGUCAGUCUGCAGCCUCUGCGUUUCCAGGCCAUGCACAACAGCAUCCUGUUCCACCGCAACAGCUUGGCUACGGACGCCCGCAGCAACCGGGCUUUCCAGGCCAGAGUGGCACUUCUCGUGUGCCUGGUAUGCCGUCCUCUGCGUACGGUGGUGCUCCUCGUCCUGGAGCAGGAAUCGGUGCGUCAGCUGCUUCGCCUUCUUCGCUAUCCAUCCCUCAAAGUACGGGUGUAAAUCCGCUUGCUGCUGCGAUGGGGUCAUCGCGCAUCGCCAAGCCCUCAGUUGAUAUGAGCUCGCAUCAACGAGAUGGAUUCGUGAGCAGUGUUGGUAACAAGGAAUUGACACUAAAAUAUGGAAAUGCUACGGCAGCCUCGCUCUCGCCAGUUGCAAAUGCUGCACCAAAGCCUGGCGGUUUCCCGCCAAACGUUGUGCCGGGCAGUACCGGUAAUGUUGGCCCGCAGGAUCUGCCUAUUGUGAACGCGUUUAAUGAUCUCGUUGUGCAGCUUCAAGGUCUUCCUCUCACCAUGAUGGAGCAAAAGCAGUUACAGGAAAUCCAGAAGGGUAAAGAAAUCAUGUUUACAAAGCUCAAUAUCGGUGAUUUGUCGCCGGAAGUGGUGUCUCGACUGCAUCAGUUGGUGGCAUGCUUUGGACAGCGCGAUUUUGGCAGCGCACAGUCUAUUUACGUGGCUCUCACAGCCUCAGACUGGGCCCAGCACAAAGAUUGGCUGCGUGGACUCAAGUCUCUCAUUCACAUUUCCAUGAAGCGUUUUAGGUAA